AUGCCAUCGGCUAGACGGGGGCCGCCAGGAAGGGCCAAGGAGGCGAAUCCUCUACUUGGAGACCUUCCUAAGGAUUCAGCCAAGGCUUGGGAAAUCGAUAUUGUAGAGUGUUUGGAGAAGCUGAAGGUAGAGCUGUUUGAGGAUGAUGAUGAUGAGGAUGGAGAAAAUGAUAAUCCCCAUCCCAUCAACUUUGCCCAGGCAGCCAUCGGCCUAUACCAUAGUGCUGCUGUAUAUGCUAGGAAGGGUGGGCAAAAGACGAGAAGAUGCAAGGAGGCCCGAAAGAUACGGAAGAAGCUGGGGAUCUUUGAUGAUGGGGAUGGCUGUGAGCUCCUAGACUCUAAGAUUACGCGUGCACCAGAGGGUCAAUUGAAUAUGUUGAAAGCUGGCAAUAAGAUGAAUACUAAUCAUAGCUUUGUCCAUCGUGUACCGCUCUUCUUGGUACCACGAGAAGAGGGAGAUCGGAAGAGGCCUGAGUAUAAGGUUAGCUCCUGUACUGUGAAUCCUUAUAAUAUGGCCGUGCUACUGCCGGACUUAGAAGGGAGAUGUUAUACCAAUCAGGAGGAGUAUCUCAUAUUACAGGAACAUUCUGGGAAUCCUCGUGAUGGAGCAGAAGAUGCAGCCCCUCUACCACCCCCACCAACCCAAGCCGUUAUUGAGGCCCCUGGUAUAUCCCCAGGCGACAGUCAUGAAGAUGAUAAUCUCCCUCAAGAGGGAUACUCAUCUAUCACUGACCAUACAAUGCAGGACGAUGCUUCCUUUGCUGAUCAUGGUCAUGGGUACGAUACCGCUCAGAAUGAUGCGGAUAUGGUCCCAGCUGAUGUCCCUCCUACUGCUGAUACCACUACUCUCAAUGCAACUCUCGAUCUAGCAGCCCAAGGUCACCACAAUGUGGGCAGUGAUAACUCUGUGGCAGUAGUGGAGGAAAUGGAUGAGGAUGACGAUGACGAUGAGGGUCAAUGGACUCUGCUGGAUCCAUAUGUAAACCCUGGCAACAAGCCUCAAAAGAGUAUGAAGAUAGGGAAAUUGGGCAAACCUGUACCGUUGAAGACACAUUCAGUCCUCACCAUAAAGCUGUCUAAUGGACGGAGAGCGGCGAUGAACCUGGAUAUCGCAGAGGAUUCGAUACUGCCUUCUAGUACUGAGAGGCCUGCAUUAGUGUGGCAAACGAUGGGAGAAUAUCCCGAGGCUAGUAGCAUUGAGAACAAGCUUGCACAACAAGUGUCAAAACAGCGUAAGGAGUGUAGGAAGGUUGUGCGACAAUGGAACGAACGAGCGUCGAUUGAAAGGCUAGAAGCACUACAUUUACUCAAGGCUACUCGGGACGUGGUUACCGAGGCAGAGAGAAGAGAGGAAAAGCCCCCACCCAGGAUAGAUGAGGGAGGGGAAUCAUCAGAUUCCGACGAUGAUAACAACAAUGAAGUCAGCCACAUUGAUCGGCGGAGUGUGGUAUCAGCCCGAUCGCCUGGUCUAAGCCCAGCACCCCAUGGAGGGGAUCCUUCUAGACUAUCUCUGGGAAGCAUUGAUGCUAAUAAUGUCAGUACUGAGUAUUCAGCGAUGUUACCUGUUAGGAGAGGGGGUGAUACAGGGACAACAGCUGCUAGAGCAGCUGCUGAUAUUGCUAAGGAAGCUCAGUUUCGAGAUCUGUUACGACAACAGGAAGAAUAUGCUAGCAUAAUCCAAAAGUAUUUAUUGAAGGAGUUCCAGGCGGGGAAUGAUACAGCUGAUGGUGGUGGUGGUGGACCAAACUCUCCUGGCGAAGCUCGUACGGGAGUCGAUCUGCUCAAUCGUGACUUGGAACGGAAUGCUCAGAACAUCUACGCUAAAGUCCGUAAAUGGCAGGAUCAGGUAGAACCCCUCCUUGAGGAACAAGAUAAUAGGCCACCUUUCACGUUGGAGUCCUAUACCAAGGAUGUUAUAGAAAAGGUGAAGACAUCUAAUGAGAGAAUUGCAGAGGGCCACGGUAUGUCGAGAUCACAGGGGCACAAUAAUGAUGAGAAUGCUCAAAUCCUCGAUGCCGAGGAUGAUGAUGAUGAUGAUGAUGACAGUCCACUUCCAUCUGCAACUCUAGAUGAUAUCCUGCAGGGUGAGCCUGCCUGGAAUGUUGGAAGAUUAUUCCUAUCAGCACUGAUCCUCACCAACAAUGGUAACAUGGACAUAUUCGAUAAGUCUGGGACGAGUCCCGACUCUCCCGAUGCACAUGAAGAUGAUGAUGCUGAGCAAGGGGCUGCCAAUUCAAGUCAAUUGAGCGAGGAGGCUCGGGGACUAAAGAAGAGGAAGAAAGAUAGAAAGAAAUACGGUAUUCGUUUGUUGGAUGCCGAUAAGUGUGUUAACUAUGAUGUUGAGGAGCCUGAUGAUGUCGAUAAUGCUGGAGGAGGUCACCCUAACGAGAUCGAUAAGGGUUCUAUUAUAAAGCAGAAGUGGAAGGAGGAUGGCCCUGCUGAGUAUUGGGAAAUCAACAAUGUUAGACAAGUAAAGCAAGGCAGACAAGCAGCACAUGUUUCGCUCGAGUAUACUAACCUAACCUCUAACAAGCCAGAGAGAUGGAAGGGCAGUACUACAGCUAAGUUUAAUGUUGUGAAGAUUGAGAAGCAAGCCUGCCAGAUCCUUUACUGGGAUAAUGAUGAGAAGGUAUUCUUCGUCCAAGAUGAUCAGUUCAAUCAACAAGAGCUCCCUCAAAGAUACGUCAAGGAGGCAAGCAAACUCUUAAAGAAUGGUGAUCAAGUUACACUGUGGCUCGAUGACGAUGAGAUCGUCAAGAGUUUUUCUCCGACAGCCAAGGUAGAGAAGAAAGCAGCUGGGAUAGUGAAGAGCAUCCUGUCCAAUCUCGAAGAAUUCGAGCCUCGGAAAUUCUGCCGUCAUAUCGUGUUUCGUGAGGAUUAUGGAAAAGACGAUACUCUAGUGUUGCCGGAUAUCCCUGUGGAUGAACGAGUGAAGGCUCGGGCUUUCGGUAGUGAUGGCUGUUCCUGUGAAGCACGAAUUGUAGCUGGUGCUGAAUCUAAGGAGCCUGCUAAUGGGACCAGUGGUAGCAGCUUGUUUUUGGAAGUGUAUGACAAUAGCCAGCAGCAGUUGGUUAGGAGGCGACUACCAGAUGAUAUUGUAGAGGUUCGCAAUGGUGGUCCCUUUGGUGAGCUUAUUGUAUAUGGUACCUCAUAUGUUCUCAUUCCUGGGGAACGUCGUCCUCCCAAGUAUCCAAAGACUUGGUGGAGCACCAAGGAAUCAUCCCUUAACGAAGUUGAUGGGGAUGCAGGCAACGUUGACAAGAAUGCUCCUCAGCUUACGCCCCUAUCGCGAUUUCGAUAUAAGCCAAACUUUGGAGAGAAGUUGACUAAUAUCAAAGAGCCCUGCAUCUACAUAUACUCAAUUGAAGAUGACGAGUUCAUUGACAUCAACCAUCAGCUUGGAUCCCAGUUUAUGGGGGAUAAGACCCUUGGGUAUGCUACCUUCAGUAGAAAAGGUGAGCGAGUGGUCUUUGUCGGGGCUCGAAAUCGCUUCACAACUCACAUCACUGCUAUGGAGUUAUAUGUGCUUGAUCCCAAUAGUUUGGCUUUCCACGAGGUGCCAAUAAUGGGAGAUGAUACCUGGAAAGGCCUAUUCCUGCAUCUACACGAGGAAAGUCGGUCACUCAUACGUUGGAUACCUAACGCUGAAAAUAAGCAAGUUGUAUUGACAACUCAAAGCCAAGGUGCAUACAGGACUUUCGUGAUCGAUGUUGAUUCAGGAAGGAUAUUGAGGAGCAUUUGGCCUGGUAGAGAUGGUCAGUUAGCCGAUGGUCUAUCAGGCUCCUGUACCCUUCUAGACGUUGGGGCUUCUGAGGGCAAGGGUAGCCGUGCUCUGGUCAUGACUCAAAGCUUGGUCGAUCGUCCAUGUAUAUCAUCCGUGAGUAUUGCCGAUCCAGAAUCGGACUGUAUCGAGGUCAUGGCAUCACCUCGAGUGUCAUGGAAUGGUGGAUCACCCCCCACCAUCUCACUCGUGCAAGGGGAGUCCUGCACUGGCCUAUUGGUAACCCCUGCUGUAUGGAAUGAGCAGUUAGUCGCCAGAUUGCACGGCGGCCCUCAUAGUUUUAGUGCUAAUGCAUUCGUUGGAGAGGUGGCUUAUCUGCUGCAGGCAGGCUUUGCUGUUGUAUUGCCCAACUAUAGAGGAUCUACAUCAUUCGGAUUGGACUUCCUCAAUGCUCUUCCUGGCCAUGCUGGUACUAUGGAUGUUGCUGAUUGUGACGACAUAGUCGUGCAUGCUAUACAAGACCUCGAGAAGAGCACAGGUGAGGACAAUCGGUCUCCGCCAAGUCGUUCAUGCCGCGGUAGGUAA